UAUAUAUAUUCAUUUAAAGAACAGUUUGAUAUUUAUUUAUGUUGAAGUAGUGCAAUGAUGUGUACUUCAAAACCCACUAUUUAAACAACCCAAUUGUUCCUUGGGGUAUUUAAUCACUAUAGCUUGUCAUCACUACAGCAAUAGACUUGUUAGAAGUCUGUGAAAUGUACUAUACUACCUUGCAGCCAAUCAGACACCUUCCCCGAGUCAUGUGACUGGCUUCUUUUAACAGCACUCUAAGUUAUUUCCCCGAGUAAAGCCUCCCCUCCGACUGUAACGGAUAUGCACAUCCUCGAACCCAUGCUGCAGUUUUAGUCAUCCCUGGAUCCCGAGCCUAUGAAAACCAGUUGCACUGUUGUGUCUGCAGAUUCUGCUCUCUGCUCCGGCUGUCCUAUAAACACAAUUUAUUUAGAUAGUAUUUUGAGCGUGGGAAAGAGGCAUCUCUGUAGGAGCAACAACAGACCAAAAACAAAAAAAAAAGCUUUUGUCCACUCCCUAAUGGAAAUGAGGGACUACUGAUAUACUUUUCUAGGACUAGUGAGAUGUACCUCUAUGGGAGCGAAGAAUCAGAUGAGGGUUCGGCGGACUCCUACACCAGCCGUCCAUCCGAUUCAGAUGUCUCUCUGGAAGAAGACAGGGAGGCUGUCCGCAGAGAGGCAGAGCGACAGGCCCAGGCACAGCUGGAAAAGGCCAGGACCAAGCCUGUUGCAUUUGCGGUUCGGACGAAUGUUGGCUACAGCUCAGCUCAUGAUGACGAUGUCCCUGUCCCUGGCAUGGCCAUUUCGUUCGAGGCUAAAGACUUUUUGCAUGUCAAAGAAAAAUUUAACAAUGACUGGUGGAUAGGACGACUCGUAAAAGAAGGAUGUGAAAUAGGAUUUAUCCCUAGUCCCGUUAAACUAGAAAAUAUGAGGCUACAGCACGAACAAAAAACAAAACAGGGGAAGUUCUACACCAGUAAAGCCGGGGGAAAUUCAUCUUCCAGUUUGGGUGAUGUGGUACCUAGCUCUAGAAGAUCAACUCCGCCGUCUUCUGCUAUAGACUUAGAUGCCACUGGCUUAGAGGCAGAAGAGAUUGACAUUCCAGCCAACCAUCGGUCCCCUAAACCCAGUGCAAACAGUGUAACAUCACCUCUCUCCAAAGAGAAACGAAUGCCCUUUUUUAAGAAGACAGAACACGUCCCCCCGUAUGAUGUAGUGCCUUCAAUGAGACCAGUAGUUUUAGUGGGGCCAUCUUUAAAAGGCUAUGAGGUUACUGAUAUGAUGCAAAAGGCAUUAUUCGAUUUUUUAAAACACAGAUUUGAAGGGCGGAUAUCCAUAACACGAGUCACUGCAGACAUCUCACUUGCCAAACGUUCAGUGUUAAAUAACCCCAGUAAACAUGCGAUCAUUGAAAGAUCCAAUACACGGUCAAGUUUAGCUGAAGUUCAAAGUGAAAUUGAACGCAUCUUUGAACUAGCGAGGACCUUGCAGCUUGUGGUUCUGGAUGCAGAUACCAUCAACCAUCCGACUCAGCUCGGCAAAACCUCCCUGGCACCUAUCAUAGUUUAUGUCAAGAUUUCCUCCCCAAAGGUUUUACAGAGACUGAUAAAAUCAAGAGGAAAGUCUCAAGCAAAACAUCUUAAUGUCCAAAUGGUGGCAGCUGACAAGCUAGCUCAGUGUCCUCCAGAAAUGUUUGAUGUGAUAUUGGAUGAAAAUCAGCUUGAAGAUGCAUGUGAACAUCUGGCUGAUUACUUGGAAGCUUAUUGGAAGGCAACUCAUCCUCCAAGCAGCAACCCCCCGAAUGCACUACUGUCUCGCACGCUUACAACAGCAACGCUUCCCAUCACACCUUCCUCAGGCUCCAAUGCACAGGGCUCCCAAGGAGAACAGAAGAAUGAGCAUCCAGCCCCUGAACGAACUGGCUCAGUGGAGGAGGAAAGCUGCGCUGCUGAGGUCACAAGAAGAUCCCAACACCGAUCUUCCACAUCUGCUCAACACCAUAAUCAUCGCAGUGGAGUCAACAGAGGCCUGUCUAGGCAGGAAACAUUUGAUUCUGAGACGCAAGACAACAGAGACUCCCUUUACCUAGACACAAAGGAGGACUACCCUGAGCAUGAACCUCAGGAUUCCCACUGGGAUCACAAUCACAGGGACGAGUCACAUGGAGGAGGUGGUGACCACAGACAUAAAGAAACAAGACAUCGGUCGAAUCACGAGCAGGACAGAGAACAGGAUCACAAUGAAUGCAACAAACCACGCAGCCGGCAUAAAUCCAGAGACCGAUAUUGUGAAAGGGAUGGAGAGGUUUCUAGGAAACGUAACGAUACAGAAUGGAACAAGGAUGCUCAUAUUCGCCAGUAACACUUGCUUCAUUGAUAUCUUUAUAUGUGAUUUUUGUUUUGUUUUUCAUUCAUGUAAAACCACCCUUUUCGAAUUGCUUGGUUUUCCGUUCCAAAACAUAUAGGACCCCACUGUAAUCCGUCUUUUUGGAACUGCUGUUGCUUCCAUAGCAAUAGCAUGCAAUAGCUUUUUUUGUGUGUUUUAAUUUAAUAUUUGCCAUGGUGCAACUGCAAAUCUGUUACCUGACCAUAUGUCUAGCUGUUUUGUGAUUACCAUGUUUGUUGCCACGAAGGUGAUGUUGCUGUUUUAAGGCAAGUGACAAUGUCUCAUUUUUUUUAUUUUUUGGCGGGAGGACGGAACAGAUUCAGGAGCAUAAAGAUGGUAAUUUCACUUGUUUUCCUUCCACAUUUGUUCCACUUUGUACAUGAAUAAAUCUUUUCCAUCGUUAAUUUUCGAAGACCGUGAAAAGUGAUAUCAGACUUUUGAAAAGACUACUAGAACAUCAUAUUUUAUUUUUGUAUUUUGAACUGCAAACACUUGAUUUGAAUGUUAAUUUCAAGACCACUUGUAUUUCCUCCAUUGUGUGGGUAUGAGGACAGAGCUAAAUAUUGCCUUACACUUGAUAGAUCAGUUUUAAAAGAAUUUUAUGUGUGCUGGUCCUUUAUGUUGUAAACGCUAUUUAUAUGUUUCCUUCAUACUGCAUGGUAAUAAUGUUCUACAACAAGGUUGUACAUUAUACAUAAUAACUCAUUAGUCCUUUUAAAUCACUUGUGACUGGAAUUAAUGUGGAAAAGUAAAAUUUAGGCUUCUUUCAACUGAAUAAUAAAUCAUCGUUAGUGUAAAAGUGGCAUUAACCACUUCUCUGCCAGAAUGGUCUCUGAAACCGUUAAGCAGCAAAAGGGUUGGUUAUCUGUAGGUAGAUAUUCUGAACCUAGAGUUAUUUUUUAUAUUGUUCCAUUACCUGCAAAAGAACGGCAAUAACAAAAACGGGGUUGACAGCGAAGGCUAAAAUAGGUGCCAAGAUGAUGAAAUAAUUAAGGUCCUUCUGUUAUGUAUAAAUCAGAUUUUUGAAAUGAUUUGCAUAUACAUAUUAUGUUUAUAAUGGAGAUCUCUGGUGUUGCCCCAUAUGUGUUGGGUAUGACAGCUGAUUUGAUUCGCAGUUUAAUGCCAGUAAGGGACGUGCGUAGCUCCAUACCCUUCUUGUUUAGGCGCCCAUAAUACAUUUUUCUUUGGGGGUAAGAGCAAAGUCGAGGACCCCAACUGAUACAAUACUACUCCCGAGUACAGGUAUGUUGCAGACGUACUUUUAAGUCGUUCUCUUUUCCCCAUUCACUGAAACACACAUACAUAAAAAGUGACAGGUUCGCUUUAAAUUCCCUUACAAUUGUAAGAAAUGUGUCACCUUCGACAAAAAAGUAAACAUUAGCAUGAGUAAGAUUUCAUGUCUAUCUAGGAACAUAAUCAGCAAAAAAAAAAGAUUUAUAUAUGUAUAUAUAUUUAUAUAUAUUAUAAUGUAUAUAAAUGAUGGAAUUAUAUCAGAUUAAAUGUUACUGUCACCUCAGAGUAUUAUUAUUGCCAAGCAAGAUUGGAAUUAAUAGCCGCUCUAUUCAUAUGUUCAUAUAUUUUUGUCAUAAAUGUACUUUGGUAAGAUGGUUUUUAAGAGAAAUAUUUAAAUAUAAGCUUUGUUGAAUACUGUAUAUGCAUAUUUGUGGGAAGUACCUUUAUUUUCCAAAAUCAGAUUUGUAAGCAUUUGUACAUACUUCAAAACGGCCUUUGUAGAUAAUGGAUUGUAGGUUCAGUAGACCUGUUGGACUGUUAAAUGGAUUUAUUUAUUAUGAUAUUUACAAAUGAUGGCUGUAAACUACAUGUUAUUCUUGUAACAUGUAGAAAUCACCAACAAAGAACAAUGUUCCAAUACAUCUGGUGUUCAUCUCUUAAUUAUAAUAUAUACUUUGGCCAUUCAAGAGUUCUUUGCUGUAAUAUUCUUCAUACAUGCUGAUGAUGACAGUAUUGCUUCGUGGAGCCAGAGAAAUGUAUGUAUUAUACUGAAGUACAAAGGAUUGGUGAAAAAUCCAAGAUGUGAAAAUGUGGCAUACAGUGUUACCUCUAAAGUUACCGUUUCAUUGUGAGCACCACUGAGGUGACUUCUUCCAACCCUUCUGUUGAAUGCAAUUAGUGGAUAAUACUUCUGUAACCAGUCUUUUCUGUUUCAGUGUUCGACUGAUUACCUUAUAAAUAAUGUUUGCAUAUGAAAA